AACUCUGUUUCAAAAAGGGCGAACGAAGCAGAGCAAAUUCCGUUAUCCAUCCACACCACCACCAACAACAACAACACAAAAUUCAAUCUCUUCAUCAUCGAUCUCUCAACAAUAAUCCCUUCAAUCCGACGUCGUUUCAUCCACUUCAUUUACAUCUUCGAUCUUGUUUCACGUUUUCCCCAAAUCUCAAUUUCUAGGGUUUUUUUUUUGACGAAUUCAUCAGCCAUGGUUUACGAUUCGAUUGCCAAUGCUUUGAUCCCCACUCCUGCUUCCAAUCCCAAGGAUUUCAACAAGAAAAAGCGGGUGAAUCGGACUGCCAAAUUGAAGCAGAGCAAACUUGAUGUCCGCCGUGAACAGUGGCUUUCACAAGUGAAGAACAAAGGAUGUAAGGAGGAAAACCGAGGCACCGAUCGCCCGAAAACGCGUGCAUCCGACAUGCACCCUUCAAACGAGGGAGAAACCCGUACGAUAGGGAAACUGGUGAUCAAUCGUGGCGGUGAGGAGAACGAUGGGUUGAUGAAUCAUUACAGCGAUUGGGAAUCGCCAUCAAACAGUCCCACUAGUCACACAAGUAGUUUGGCAAGCAACCGAUCGGUUACGAAUUUCACAGGCGGUAGUAGUAGCAGGAGUAGCAGCAGUAGCAGUGGCGGUUGUUAUUCGGGAAGUAUGACGGAAGAAGAUGACGGUGAUGAUGGGUGUUUGGAUGAUUGGGAAGCGAUCGCGGAUGCUUUAGCAGCCGAUGAGAUUAAGAGUGAUCACAACGUUAGUCCGGAACCCCAAGUGCAUGAUCAUAACGUCAAUCCGGAGCCUGUGGAGACGGUAAAAGAUGAUCGAGUGCAGGUGAAUCGUCGGGCGUGGAGACCCGACGAUGCGUUUCGUCCGCAGGGUCUGCCGAACUUGCUUAAACAGAACAGUUUCCCGAUGAAUUCGGAGCGAAACCAUGGAUGUGGCGCGUGGGGUUUCAAGAACGCAGGGUUAACUCCCGUUCCGACAACGUGUCCUAUAUGCUGCGAAGAUCUCGAUUUAACCGACUCGAGUUUUCUUCCGUGCCCGUGUGGAUACCGACUCUGUCUUUUCUGCUACAAAAGGAUUUUAGAAGAUAACGGUCGAUGCCCAGGGUGCAGGAAGCAGUAUGAACAGCCGGAACAGGGGAUUGCAACGUCGAAACUGGCUCGUUCGUACAGUAUGAUCCCGAGUCGUUAGGUUGAGUUGAGUACGUAUGUGGUAUCCGUUUUCGUGUGUCUUUUGUUUUUACAUGUUAGAAACUGAUAUUAGUCGUAGGUGUGUCGAUAGACAUGAACAACGUUUAGUGUUUGGGAAAUAUGUUCUUGUGAGUUUGGCCUAUAGGACUAGUUGGCUUGGCUGUUGGUAUGUGAAUACAUAAGGGCAUAUAUAAAUCAAAUACAUCAUUUCAACUGCAUUGCAAACUGUCUUGUAGGCUAUUCUAUAAACUUUUUGUGAGUUUGAUC